GCAUUAGUAAUACACAGUCAUACACUGGCGUUCGUAUUAUCAAAGCAUUCAUUACGAUGGCAAGUUAAACAGCUGACGUGAAAGCCGGUGUACGCACGCGCUCACAGUUACCCGCCACGAACAUGCGCGUGUUUACAUAAAUCGAAAGUUUUUCAGUGUUCAAGUGCUAAAAAGAGCAUCAUCGUGCAGUUCUAUUACAGUACAAGUGUAUCUAAUUGUACUUCGAGUAUCGCAAAGUGUUGCUAUUCGUAAAAUUAUUUCAAAAAUUUAAUUUUUCAAUCUAUAUAGGGACCUAGUUCGCGUUAGCUCGUUGCGAUUUUUCAAAUUUUUUUAUUCGAUUCGUUUCUAUAUCUAUAGUGUGUUGGUUAUUUAAGCGAAUAAUAAUGUAACGUAAUAAAUCAAUAAUACGUAUAUAUACUCGCGAUAUACUACAUGUUCGCGUUUUGUUCGCAAUUCAUCGCUGUAAAGCUCUGCAGAAUCGAGUAAUAUGAACGGCGAUACCGAAUUAUCUCCUUCGCAGAUUUUGGAACGUGUAAAACCAGACCGGGUUACGGUGACGAAACCGGAAGAAGAUCGUCGUCGACGAACAAUCAUAGUGGAGAAGAAAAAUGCCACUUAUGGAUUCACGUUACAGAGUUACGGUAUUCAUUACAAAAAAGAGCAAGAAAUUGAAAUGAUAACCUACGUGGAUCACGUGGAUUACGAUGGACCUGCAUUUCGAGCCGGAAUGAGAGAAGGCGACGUGAUUCUUUCAAUUAAUGGCAGGGAUAUGGAAAAAGUGGACCACAAAAGUUUAGUCAAUUUUAUAAAAAGCUGCGAUAGUCGAAUGCGAAUGGUGGUUUUAUUCGAAGAUUGCGUUAGAAAAGUGGAACUUCACAUGCGAUACAUCAAACUUCAAAACGCUCUCAAAUGCAAAACACUCGAACUAGAAAAACUCUGCGUCAAAGAAAAAGAACUCCUCAGUGGUAAAUGGAAAACGCACAGUUUACCAGCUCGUAAAAAGAACCCUUCUGCAAAGAACAACAACUACGACGCCAAAGUAUCCACCGAUACAGAAGAAGACAAUCUCAGAAGAACAACUUUCUCAACCGAAGACGUCGGCCAAGUGCAAAAUUACCAUCGAACUCAACAUCACCAUUUCCUAAUCGCCUAUCCUCGUCAUCCACCUUACUACAUCGACGCCCACGGACGAGCGUACUAUUUACACCCUUCCGGAGUGGCCACCCCCUCAUCCAGUAAAGAAUAUCUAGUCAGUACUCGAAGUCAUAAAGAUGGUCAACGUAGGCGAUCUAGUCAUUCGUGCGACGAAGCCAAAUACGUUGUCGCCAACGGGGCCAAAGAAAACUCCUCCGGGUAUCAGAACGGCGUCGCUAAUAAAAAUCGCAACAACUCCAGAAAUGCUCAGGGACACAGCGAGCUGAAAAAAGACGCUCACAAAAUCACCCGAAGUAAAUCCUACCAUCAGCAUAUCUGCGGAGGCUGCUUGCGAGGCGAGAAGAACACACCCGAAUCUCAAGAAAAUGGCAGCUUGGAGGCUUACGACCUGGCCGGAAGCUCGUGCUGUGCCGCCGAAUGUGUACCAACCCGUAGAAGACGAUCACACAGCCAUCAUGCUCAAAAACUGAAACCCAGUUCAUCCAAAACCUCUCUGUAUUCCACCAACACCACCAGUAAAGAAUACUCGGAAAGCCACAGCAAUCGUUCGACCCAGGUCAACAUCCCAACCUCUUUCCACAACGGUACCAGCAGCGGCGGUGGCGGCGGCGGCAGCGGUAGCGGAACCAGCGGUGUAGGAUUUUUCCGCAAACACGCCAAAUUCGAAGGUGUCCGCAAACUGGACCCGUCUUAUCGCAACCUGGUCAGUCAAAACAGCCUAUACUCCUGCACCUCGACCGAAUUACCAAUCAGCCACACUCAGGAGCAAACCGUAGCCUCGUACACGACAUCUCUCAGCACAGACACCCUGUACUGGGACCAGCCCAGCAGUCUGCAGAGUACUCGUAAACAUUCCACCAAAUCGACCUCAUCGUCUACUCGUCACCAGUACACCCAAGAUCACGUGAAACCGGUCAAAUCUUGGGAUAAUCUGGCAGCCAAAAGUCACAAUAAUUACAGCUGCGAUUAUCUAGACAACAGUGGCAAAAGUUACUCCACCAAGAACGUUUCUCAGAUCAAUUCCACCAAUCGAGAUAGAUAUUUUAAUCAAACCCAAUCUUCCGAGUCGCUAUUCUACUCGCAGAAUUUAUCCGAAGGUAGUUUCAGUUGCGAGUAUUUGAGCAGCGAUAAUCCGACCUUUAUUAGUAACGAGGAAGGACGAUUCGUACCCGUUAUGCCCAGUGAUCUGACCAAUCAGAGGGAUAAAGCCAGCCAAACCGAUAGCAGUAAGAGACUGGUCGAUGUGCCUCAAACUCCCGAAAUUACUAGACUGUGAUAUCUCAUGCAUCGAGUAUUUAUUUUACUUACAUUUAUUAGCAACCUUCGUGCGAUAGCAUUUUCGAAAAUUAUUCACGAUGAAUUUUUUUUCUUCUUAUUCGAGUAUUUCGUGUGAUUUAAUCAUUAUUUUUUCAUUUUUAUUUCACCCCCCCCCCCCCCGCUUACCUAUUUGCCUCACCUCUAGUUUCCAAAACCUUUGUUACAGUAUAAUUUUUAUUUUUUAAAUGUACCUAAGCAAUAAGCAUUAAUUGAUCGAUGAAAUACUCUCGUCCUUGGUUUUUCAGAAUCCACUGUCUCAUCUCAUGAAAUUCACUGAGAAUUGCAGCACAGCACAGAAAGAAAUCAGCCGAAAAUUUCACCAAAAGGGACUAGAAAAAUCACUAAAAUAUCAGCAAAAAAUUGCCAAAAUUUACUGAUAUUUUAAUGAAUUUCGCUGAUUACGCUGUGCUGCAAUUUUUACUGAAUUACGUGAAUUUUCUUAGAUUAAAAAUUGAGUCAAACUCGCAAAAAAUAUCACAAUUCAUUUUUGACUUUUGAAUUCGUAUUUUUAGAGACACAUUAAUUCAUGUAAGAAGCUCUCAUUCGAACUCAAAGGUCAAAAAAAUCAUCAUUCGAAAAAAAAAAUAUUUUCCAAGGUUCAUUUUCAAAAUUAAGGACGAUUGCAUUUCAUAUUCUUCAAUUCGAGCGUUGUCUUUAAUGAAAGUACAAGGUAAUUCGUGCCUUUCACCGGCUACCUCAUCAAUUCUCAUCUAUUUGCCUUUUUUUUUUUUUUUUUUGGAUGAAAUAAAAAUCGCAGACUGGAAACGCUACGUUGCAGAAAACAAAAUUUAUUGAUUAAUUUCGCACUUGAAAGACUUCUUGGAGUACGAAAAAGGCAAAAAGUUGACAAAUUGACGAGGUACCCGGUAGCUUGGCAAUUGUUUCAAUUAAAAACAACGCAGAAAUAUUUUACAAAAAAUUUAUUAUUUUUCUCAAAUCGAGGGUAACUUUUUUAAUUUUUUGAAACACCUCUGCAUAUUUUUAUUCCUCCCUUCACACUUUUUUUUUUGUUCUAUAAAUGAUUGAUCAAUUUAUUAUUCAUUUUGCAUAUUUUUUCAGCCACUUUUAAAGUAUUAGAAAUUACAACUAAUGAAGCUUCUUUAAUGUUAUCAACAUUUGUUACAUUUAUGUGAGGAAAAAAAAUCAAAAAUUCAUUGUUUUUCACCUUAUCAUUAUAAUAAUAUUAUUCGAAUAUCUAUUUUGUGAUAAAAAAAAAUACCCGCAUAAAAACUAUUAUUUUAUACUUUUAGAAUUUUUGUAUUUUUUUCAAGUCACUAAACGUGACUCCGAUUUUACAAAAAAUUUUAAAAAAUCAAAAUAUGUAUCUAUUUAGGAAAUCAUUGAUCGUUUUGAGAACCUUGUACUUGUUGGUAACCAGAAACGUAUAAGCUAGAGACUUCUGCCUGAAUUUCAAAAUGAUGAUUCUCGUGGGAAAAAAUUUUCCACUUUACCCCUUUCCCCUCAUUACGUUUCUGCCAACAUCAUAAUGGUAAAAUGAGAAAAAUAUGUGUCAAGUGUCAUGAAAUCUGAUUAUAGUGUUGUUGAAAUUAAUCGAAUUUCAAAACUGCUUCGGGUUUAGUCGUAUAUAAAUUAUUAUGUUCAUCUAGUCAAUGGAGACUUUUAUAGUUGCAUUAUGCCAAUUAUAAGUUGUUAUUUAAAUGCGUAUUUGUUCGAAAUUUAAAUAAUAAAAUAUUAAGUAUGGUUUUCGUUAA